AUGGGAAAUGGUAUAUAUCGUUUAUGGAUCUCAAUAAUAGGACAAAUUGGCAUAACGGCAAUUACUAUUCGUUUACUUCUCAUUUUUGUUACAAAAAGUAGUCAAUGGAUCACUUGUGUUGGUUUAGAUUACCUCAUUUCUGUUUCGAUUGCAUUUUAUUAUUCAUUAACGGCAUGUAUUGCUAUUGAACGUACAGUUGUUGCUUACAAACAUUUAUUAUUCGACAAAAUGCAAAGUCGUAGUGUUGCAAAAAUCAUUAUUCCAAUAUUGAUCGUGUAUCAUUCUUUGAUCGCUAUUCAAGAGUUUUUUCAACAUCGUUUACUUUCUGAUCGUCAUUUUUCAGAUCGCUACUGGUGUUCACUACGUUACAACAGUCAUGCUCUAAGUAUUUUUGUUAAGUUUACAAAUAUUUUUCAUUUUCUAUUCCCAUAUAUGAUAAGUCUGAUCACACCUAUAUUAAUGUUUACUAGAUUAACAAAAGACAAAGCAACAGUAAAUCAAAAUGCUACGAUAUGGUCCAAUUUCAUAAGUGUUUUAAGCACAUAUAAGUACAAUUUAGUCAGUCCUUGUACUAUUAUUGUUUUGACAACUCCUCGCAUUAUUCUUAGAUUUUUUCUGACAUGUAUUACACAUUCAUGGCAGAAUACAAUUUAUCUCAUUACUUACUUUCUAUCAUUGGUACCACUUAUGACAUGUUUUUUUAUCUUUGUCUGUCCAUCAUCUCAAUAUCGACAAGAACUUCGACAAUUUUUCCAACGUACCAUUAAAUAUAGAUCUGUUCGACAAUACACUUGA